CCCAGCCCUAGACUGGUUGCUGCCCACUCAGUGCGCUCCUGCAGCAGGGAUACCACGCGAGAGAGCCUGCUCGCCGGGGCUCAGCUACCGCCUCCAGGAAUCCAGGACAGGAUCGGGGUCUGGGCAGAAGCAGCGACCGGGACGAAGCCGGGCAUGGCCGUGCCGUGCAGCUGAACGCCACGGACCCGCAGGUUGGGAAGUUGGAAGAAACAUUACCAAAGGAUUGGCAAGUGACGAGAAGGGAAUUCCUGGGGCGGUUCCAGCCUGGACCAAAGUCCUAGAAAGAUGGAGAAGGAGGAAGAAGAGACCCGGGAGAUUCUGCUCCCCGACUGGGAAGGCAUUGGCUCUCGUGGACUUACCAUCGACCAGACGAACGAAGGCGUUUUCGUGAAACAGGUUCAACAGGACUCACCCGCUGCCAAAGGAGGCAUUGUGAAAGAAGGGGAUCAGAUCGUGAGUGCCACAAUCUACUUCGACAACCUGCAGUCCGGGGAAGUCACAGAGCUCCUGAAGAACGUGGGCCAUCACACUGUCGGCCUUCGGCUGCAGAGGAAAGGCGACCGGUCUCCAUUGCCAGGACAGUCUUGGUCCCAUGACGUCUUUGCCUCAAGGAGUCCAGAGGUUGUUUUGAGCGGAGACGACGAAGAGUACAAACGGAUUUACACCACAAAAAUCAAGCCUCGCCUUAAAUCGGAAGAUGGCAUGGAAGUCGAGCACACAGGAACCCAAAGCAGAACCAUCACAGUCACCAAGAGAGUUACUGCUUACACUGUCGACGUCACAGGUCGUGAGGGUGCCAAAGAGAUUGACAUCAGCAGCCCAGAGUUUAAAAUCAAGAUUCCGAAACAUGAACUCACCCACAUUUCCAAAGCUGAGAUUGAAACAGAACCUGGGAAAACUGUCAUCAAGAUCCCACAUGUUGACUUGUCGGGGAGAACAACUACCCAGAUAACAGACUCCCACAUUGGGGUGAGAGGAAGACCUGACGUUACGUAUACCGGACCAACUAUUGAGUCGCCCUCUCAGAGGUUGGAGUUUGGUGUUCCUGGUAUCCACAUGGAACAGCCUAAGGUUGGGAAAACUGAUAUUCGAAUAUCUGGGCCUCAUGUCACAGGUGUAGAUAUGAGAACCCAGACUGACUUUAUACCAGGAGGCCAGGAAGCUGGUUUCCAUGUCACAACGCCCGAAGUGAAUGGGAAAGGAGGUCGGGGUAAAAUCCAAUGUGAUGUGGGAGGGCUGCAAGCUGAUUUAUCAUUGCCCCACCUCAAGGGUCCUUCAGUUGGUAUUUCAGGACCCCAAAUUCAAGGUGAUCUGAAAGGUCCAAAAGUGGACAUCCCCAGUGCCAGCGUCGAAGGCAACAUCAAAUCUCCAGAUAUCAACACUGGAAGCACAGGAAAGGUGGCGUUUCCUGCAAUGAAAAUGCCCAAAUUUGGUAUAUCCUCUUCAGUUUCUGAUGUUGAGGUUCCUCAGCUUGAUGCAGUGGCUCCAUCAGCGUCAAUAAAAGGCCCAGAAGUGUCCUUGAAAGGCUCCAAAUGGGCCAUGGGAGAACCUGGAAUCGCACAACCACAGGUGGACGUGGGCCUGAAAGAUGUGGACUUGAAGGGUGGCCUGAAGACCACCUCUCCAACAUUGGAAGGCCCCAAGCUGGAUAUCAAAGGGCCUGCGGUGGAUCUUGGGGCUCCAGAUGUCGGUCUUGAAGGAGGCGAAGGAAAACUUAAAAUACCCCACAUGAAACUUCCUAAAUUUUCUGCACCAGACCCUACAGCGACAGUGACUGUUCCAAAAGGGGGACUUAACAUCUCAGGGCCUAAAGUGGAUUUGCAAGCUCCCGAAGCGACCCUUGAAACACACGUGAAAGGACCCAGAUUUGGCAAGCCUGAAAUAGUUGGUCAUACACCCCAGAUCUCUAUGUCAGAUGUUGACUUGAAUCUCAGGGGCCCUAAAGGGAAAGGCGCCAUGGACAUUUCAGGGCCAAGGGUGGAAGGCCACUUAAGAGGGCCUGGAAUGAAUAUUAAGGGUCCCAAACUAGAUAUUGAAACUCCCAAUGUUGACCUAAAAGGUCCAAAAGUCUCAAUGCCGUCCAUGCAAACAUCGCCAGUAAAUGUCACCGUGCCAGAUGUGGACUUGAAUGUCAAAGGGCCAAACCUAAAGGGCGAUGUGGCUGUUUCUGUGCCAAAGAUAGAAGGCGGCCUCAAGGGGCCCCAGAUGGAUCUCAAAGGCCCCAAAGUGGACAUAGCUGCACCUGACUUUGGCAUCAAAGGCCCUGGAGGACAACUGAAAGGUCCUCAUGUCAAGAUGCCAGAAAUGCAUGUUAAGACCCCUCAAAUAUCCAUGCCAGACAUUGACCUGAAAGGCCCCAGAGUCAAAGGAGGUGUCGACGUUUCCAUCCCAAAAGUAGAAGGAGAAUUAAAGGGCCCAGGUGUUGACAUCAAAGGCCCCAAAUUGGACAUUGGAACACCAGAUGUCGAACUACAUGGACCUGAACUCAAAAUGCCAAAAAUGAAAUUGCCCAAGUUUGGCGUGAAAGGUGAAGUGCCAGAUGUGGAUGUGAGUCUUCCAAAGGGAAGCAUUGAUGUUUCAGCUCCAAAUGUAGACAUUGACGCUCCCACCUUCAACAUCAAAGGCCCUGGAGGACAACUGAAGGGUCCUCAUGUCAAGAUGCCUGAAAUGCAUGUUAAGACCCCUCAAAUAUCCAUGCCAGACAUUGACCUGAACUGGAAAGGCCCCAAAGUCAAGGGAGGUGUCGACGUUUCCAUUCCAAAAGUGGAAGGAGAAUUAAAGGGCCCAGCGGUUGACAUCAAAGGCCCCAAACUGGACAUUGGAACACCAGAUGUUGGAAUUCAUGGACCUGAACUCAAAAUGCCAAAAAUGAAAUUGCCCAAGUUUGGCGUGAAAGGUGAAGUGCCAGAUGUGGAUGUGAGUCUUCCAAAGGGAAGCAUUGAUGUUUCAGCUCCAAAUGUAGACAUUGAAGCUCCCACCUUCAACAUCAAAGGCCCUGGAGGACAACUGAAGGGUCCUCAUGUCAAGAUGCCUGAAAUGCAUGUUAAGACCCCUCAAAUAUCCAUGCCAGACAUUGACCUGAACUGGAAAGGCCCCAGAGUCAAGGGAGGUGUUGAUGUUUCCAUUCCAAAAGUGGAAGGAGAAUUAAAGGGCCCAGCGGUUGACAUCAAAGGCCCCAAAUUGGACAUUGGAACACCAGAUGUCGAACUACAUGGACCUGAACUCAAAAUGCCAAAAAUGAAAUUGCCCAAGUUUGGCGUGAAAGGUGAAGUGCCAGAUGUGGAUGUGAGUCUUCCAAAGGGAAGCAUUGAUGUUUCAGCUCCAAAUGUAGACAUUGACGCUCCCACCUUCAACAUCAAAGGCCCUGGAGGACAACUGAAGGGUCCUCAUGUCAAGAUGCCUGAAAUGCAUGUUAAGACCCCUCAAAUAUCCAUGCCAGACAUUGACCUGAACUGGAAAGGCCCCAAAGUCAAGGGAGGUGUCGACGUUUCCAUUCCAAAAGUGGAAGGAGAAUUAAAGGGCCCAGUGGUUGACAUCAAAGGCCCCAAAUUGGACAUUGGAACACCAGAUGUCGAACUACAUGGACCUGAACUCAAAAUGCCAAAAAUGAAAUUGCCCAAGUUUGGCGUGAAAGGUGAAGUGCCAGAUGUGGAUGUGAGUCUUCCAAAGGGAAGCAUCGAUGUUUCAGCUCCAAAUGUAGACAUUGAAGCUCCCACCUUCAACAUCAAAGGCCCUGGAGGACAACUGAAGGGUCCUCAUCUCAAGAUGCCUGAAAUGCAUGUUAAGACCCCUCAAAUAUCCAUGCCAGACAUUGACCUGAACUGGAAAGGUCCCAAAGUCAAGGGAGGUGUCGACGUUUCCAUUCCAAAAGUGGAAGGAGAAUUAAAGGGCCCAGGUGUUGACAUCAAAGGCCCCAAAUUGGACAUUGGAACACCAGAUGUCGAACUACAUGGACCUGAACUCAAAAUGCCAAAAAUGAAAUUGCCCAAGUUUGGCAUGAAAGGUGAAGUGCCAGAUGUGGAUGUGAGUCUUCCAAAGGGAAGCAUCGAUGUUUCAGCUCCAAAUGUAGACAUUGAAGCUCCUGGACUGGACAUUGAAGGACCCGAAGGCAAAAUUAAAGGCCCCAAAUUUAAGAUGCCAGAGAUGAACAUCAAAGCACCCAAAAUCUCCAUGCCUGAUGUGGAUUUCAACCUCAAAGGCCCCAAACUGAAAGGAGAUGUGGACGUUUCCCUACCAAAGGUUGAAGGUGAUUUGAAGGGUCCAGAAAUUGACAUCAAAGGUCCCAAGCUGGAUAUUGAUGCUCCAGAUGUUGACCUCCAUGGCCCAGAAGGAAAACUGAAAAUGCCCAAAUUCAAAAUGCCCAAAUUUGGAAUGCCCAGCUUCAAAGCAGAAGGUCCAGAGGUGGAUGUAAGUCUUCCAAAAGCAGACAUCGACCUUUCUGGUCCCAAAGUAGAAAUUGAAGCACCAGGCUUGGACAUUGAAGGCCCAGAAGGAAAACUGAAAGGGCCCAAGUUUAAGAUGCCUGAACUGAAUAUCCAUGCACCCAAGAUAUCAAUGCCAGAUGUAGAUUUCAAUCUGAAAGGGCCAAAACUGAAGGGAGAUGUGGAUAUCUCUGGGCCAAAGAUAGAAGGUGACCUGAAAGGACCCAAGGUCAACAUUGAGGGUCCUAAGUUAGAUGUUGAUGUCCCAGAUGUGGAACUGGAGGGUCCUGAAGGAAAAAUCAAAGGUUCCAGAUUCAAGAUGCCAAAAUUCAAUAUUAAAUCUCCUAAAAUCUCCAUGCCAGAUGUCGACUUGAAUCUCAAGGCCCCCCAAAUGAAGGGUGAAAUGGAUGUGACUGUCCCAAAGAUUGAGGGUGAUAUGAAAGGACCCAGCGUUGACAUCAAGGGCCCCAAACUUGAUGUGGAUCUCCCAGAUGUUGAACUUGAAGGCCCAGAUGCUAAAAUUAAGAUGCCCAAGAUGAAGUUGCCCAAGUUUGGGGUGCCUGGCUUCAAAGGGGAAGGCCCUGAUGUUGACUUGAGCCUCCCCAAAGCAGACAUUGAUGUUUCAGGACCCAAAUUGAAUGCUGAUAUGCCGAGCAUAGACAUCGAUGGUCCAGAGGGAAAACUGAAAGGUCCCAAGUUCAAAAUGCCUGAAAUGCAUUUCAAGACACCCAAAAUCUCCAUGCCAGAUAUUGACUUAAACUUGAAAGGACCCAAGCUAAAAGGAGACAUUGAUGUUUCCACCCCAAAAUUAGAAGGAGAACUGAAGGGCCCUAACGUUGACAUCAAGGGUCCCACAGUAGACCUAACUGGCCCAGAUGUGGAUCUCCACAGUGAGGGGAAACUGAAAAUGCCAAAAUUGAAGAUGCCGCAUUUUGGCAUCUCGACGCCUAAACUGGAAGGCCCUGAUGUGGAUGUGAGCUUUCCAAAGGGAGAGGUCAACAUUGAAGGCCCAAAGUUAGAUGUGGAAGCUCCAGAAUUUGAUAUUGAAGGCCCAGAAGGGAAGCUGAAGGGUUCAAAAUUUAAGAUGCCAAAACUGAAUAUCAAAGCACCUAAGAUCUCCAUGCCUGAUGUAGACUUGAACCUUAAAGGCCCCAGAGCGAGAGGGGAGAUGGAUGUAACUGUCCCAAAUAUUGAAGGCAAUUUGAAAGGACCCCAAAUGGAUAUCAAGGGCCCCAAAGUGGAUAUCGAUGCUCCAGAUAUUGACAUUGAAGGUCCUGAAGGAAAAUGGAAGAGUCCAAAGUUUAAGAUGCCCGAAAUGCACAUCAAGGCUCCAAAAAUCUCCAUGCCAGAUGUUGAUUUGAAUCUGAAAGGUCCCAAAAUCAAGGGUGAUGUGGAUGUUUCAGUCCCCAAACUUGAAGGAGACUUAAAAGGCCCAGAAUUUGAUAUCAAAGGACCCAAAAUGGAUAUUGACGUGCCAGAUGUUGAUCUCCAUGGGCCAGAGGGAAAACUGAAGAUGCCCAAAUUCAAAAUGCCCAAAUUUGGAAUGCCAGGCUUCAGAGGAGAAGGCCCAGAUGUUGACGUGAGCCUCCCCAAAGCAGACAUUGAUGUUUCUGUUCCAAAAGUUGACAUUGAUGCUCCAAGCUUGGACAUUGAAGGCCCAGAAGGAAAAGUGAAAGGGCCUAGAUUUAAGAUGCCUGAAAUGCACAUCAAAGCUCCAAAGAUCUCUCUGCCGGAUGUUGACUUGAACCUGAAAGGUCCUAAAGUGAAGGGAGAUUAUGAUGUUACAGUUCCAAAGCUGGAAGGUGACUUGAAAGGCCCAGACUUCAACAUUAAGGGCCCUAAGCUAGACAUAGGUGCUCCUGAUGUUGACAUUGAAGGCCCUGAAGGAAAAUGGAAGAGUCCAAAGUUUAAGAUGCCCGAAAUGCACAUCAAGGCUCCAAAAAUCUCCAUGCCUGAUGUUGAUUUGAAUCUGAAAGGUCCCAAAAUCAAGGGUGAUGUGGAUGUUUCAGUCCCCAAACUUGAAGGAGACUUGAAAGGCCCAGAAUUUGAUAUCAAAGGACCCAAAUUGGACAUUGAUGUGCCUGAUGUUGAUCUCCAUGGACCUGAAGGAAAACUGAAGAUGCCCAAAUUCAAAAUGCCCAAAUUUGGCUUCAAAGGAGAAGGCCCAGAUGUGGACGUGAGCCUCCCAAAAGCAGACCUUGAUGUUUCUCUUCCGAAAGUGGACAUUGAUGCACCGAGCCUGGACAUCGAAGGCCCAGAAGGAAAAGUGAAAGGUCCCAAGUUUAAGAUGCCUGACAUGCACUUCAAAUCACCCAAAUUCUCCAUGCCAGACGUUGAUUUCAAUUUGAAAGGCCCUAAACUGAAGGGAGAUGUUGACGUUUCGGUUCCAAAGCUGGAAGGUGACCUGAAAGGCCCAGAUGUGGAUAUCAAGGGUCCCAAACUAGAUGUUGACCUUCCUGAUGUUGAGCUUGAAGGUCCUGAAGGAAAACUCAGAGGUCCCAAGUUUAAGAUGCCUGAUAUGCAUUUUAAGACCCCCAAAAUCUCCAUGCCAGAUUUUGACUUGAACUUGAAAGGUCCCAAAGUGAAGGGGGAUGUGGAUGUGUCUGUACCGAAGUUGGAAGGUGAUCUGAAGGGCCCCGAAAUUGAUAUCAAAGGACCCAAACUAGACGUAGAUGUUCCUGAUGUUGAACUUGAAGGCCCAGAUGGAAAGUGGAAAGGCCCUAAAUUCAAGAUGCCUGAAAUGAACAUCAAAGCACCUAAAAUCUCCAUGCCUGAUGUGGAUUUCAACCUCAAAGGCCCCAAACUGAAAGGAGAUGUGGAUGUUUCAGUGCCGAAGUUGGAAGGUGAUCUGAAAGGCCCCAAUGUUGAAAUUAAAGGGCCAGGAUUGGACAUUGAUGCUCCUGAUGUUAACAUUGAAGGUCCAGAAGGAAAGUGGAAGAGCCCCAAAUUUAAGAUGCCAGAAAUGCACAUUAAGGCACCUAAGAUCUCCAUGCCUGACAUUGAUUUGAACCUAAGGGGUCCCAAAGUAAAAGGUGAUCUGGAUGUGUCUGUGCCAAAGUUGGAAGGUGACUUGAAAGGCCCAGAGGUUGAUCUCAAAGGGCCCAAAUUGGACGUUGACCUUCCUGAUGUUGACCUAGAAGGACCUGAAGGGAAGCUAAAGGGCCCCAAAUUCAAAAUGCCUGAAAUGCAUAUCAAAGCUCCCAAAAUCUCCAUGCCUGAUUUCGACCUGGGUUUCAAAGGACCCAAAGUGAAGGGGGAUGUGGAUGUUUCAGUGCCGAAGUUGGAAGGUGAUCUGAAAGGCCCUGAUGUCAACAUCAAAGGUCCUAAAGUUGGCGUAGAUAUUCCUGAUGUUGAGAUUGAAGGACCUGAUGGAAAACUCAAGGGGCCCAAAUUUAAGAUGCCAGAAAUGCAUUUUAAUGUUCCUAAGAUCUCCAUGCCAGAUAUUGAUUUGAACUGGAGGGGUCCCAAAAUAAAAGGAGAUGCUGAUGUUUCUGUUCCUAAAUUGGAGGGUGACUUGAAGGGCCCAAAUAUUGACAUCAAGGGUCCCAAACUGGAUGUUGACAUCCCUGAUGUCGAGCUUGAAGGCCCCGAAGGAAAACUCAAAGGGCCCAAAUUUAAGAUGCCUGAAAUGAACAUCAAAGCACCCAAAAUAUCCAUGCCAGACUUUGACCUGAACCUGAAGGGUCCCAAACUGAAGGGGGAUGUUGAUGUUUCUUUGCCAAAGGUAGAGGGGGAUCUGAAAGGACCAGAUGUUGAUAUCAAAGGUCCCAAAUUAGAUAUUGAAGCUCCUGACUUCAGUAUAGAUGGUCCAGAGGGAAAAGUGAAAGGUCCAAAGUUUAGGAUGCCUGACAUGCACUUCAAAACGCCCAAAAUCUCCAUGCCAGACAUUGAUUUGAAUCUGAAAGGCCCUAAACUGAAGGGAGAUGUUGACGUUUCGGUUCCAAAGCUGGAAGGUGACCUGAAAGGACCUGAUGUAGAUAUCAAGGGUCCCAAACUAGAUGUUGACCUUCCUGAUGUUGAGCUUGAAGGUCCAGAAGGAAAACUCAAAGGUCCCAAGUUUAAGAUGCCUGAUAUGCAUUUUAAGACCCCCAAAAUCUCCAUGCCAGAUUUUGACUUGAAUUUGAAAGGUCCCAAAGUGAAGGGGGAUGUGGAUGUGUCUGUACCGAAGUUCGAAGGUGAUCUGAAGGGGCCUGACGUGGAUAUUAAAGGGCCGAAAUUAGACAUAGAUGUUCCUGAUGUUGACCUUGAAGGCCCAGAAGGAAAAUGGAAAAGCCCUAAAUUCAAGAUGCCUGAAAUGAACAUCAAAGCACCCAAAAUCUCCAUGCCUGAUGUGGAUUUCAACCUCAGAGGCCCCAAACUGAAAGGAGAUGUGGAUGUUUCCCUACCAAAGGUUGAAGGUGAUUUGAAGGGUCCAGAAAUUGACAUCAAAGGUCCCAAGCUGGAUAUUGAUGCUCCAGAUGUUGACCUCCAUGGCCCAGAAGGAAAACUGAAAAUGCCCAAAUUCAAAAUGCCCAAAUUUGGAAUGCCUGGCUUCAAGGGAGAAGGCCCUGAACUGGAUGUAAAUCUCCCAAAGGGAGACAUUGAUAUAUCUGCUCCCAAGGUGGACAUUGAAGGCCCUGAUUUAGACAUUGAAGGUCCAGAUGGUAAAAUUAAAGGCCCCAAGUUUAAGAUGCCAGAAAUGCACAUCAAAGCGCCAAAGCUUUCCAUGCCAGAUGUAGAUCUUAAUUUGAAGGGUCCAAAAUUGAAAGGAGAUGUGGAUGUUUCUCUGCCAAAGGUCGAAGGUGGAUUGAAAGGGCCUGACAUUGACAUCAAAGGCCCCAAAUUGGACAUUGACGCACCAGAUGUUGACUUACAUGGUCCGGAGGGCAAACUCAAAAUGCCCAAGUUUAAAAUGCCCAAGUUUGGAAUGCCUGGUUUCAAGGGAGAAGGCCCUUCAGUGGAUGUGAGCUUACCUAAGGGAGAAGUGGAUAUAUCUGGCCCCAACCUAGACAUUGAAACACCCGAUUUGGAAAUCGAAGGCCCUGAAGGAAAAUUAAGGGGUCCCAAGUUUAAGAAGCCUGAAAUUAAUUUUAAUGUUCCAAAGAUCUCAAUGCCAGACAUUGACUUGAAUUUGAAAGGUCCUAAAUUAAAGGGAGACUUCGAAGGUGACAUCAAAGGUCCUAACGUUGAAUUGAAAGGACCUGAAGUUGACUUAGAAGCACCAAAAAUAGAUAUUGAAGGGAAACCAAAGAAAUCAAGAUUUAAGCUUCCAAAGUUCAGUUUUUCUGGUCCAAAGGUUCACACUCCAGAGGUUGACGUGAAGCUGAAGAAACCAGAUGUUAAUAUCUCAGGGCCCAAAGUUGAUGUCCAAGGCCCAGAUGUUGAUGUUCACGGAAAAGUGAAAGGCCCUAAAUUUAAAAUGCCUUCCCUGAAUAUUUCAUCGCCUAAAGUUUCAAAGCCCGAUGUGGAAUUGAAUUUGAAAGGUCCUAAAUUAAAAGGUGACCUUGAUGUUUCUGCACCAAGCCUGGAAGGGGAUUUGAAAGGUCCUGACAUAGAUAUCAAAGGCCCCAAGUUGGACAUUGAUGUUCCAGAUGUUGACCUCCAUGGACCAGAAGGCAAACUCAAAAUGCCCAAAUUUAAAAUGCCCAAAUUUGGAAUGCCAGGCUUCAAAGGUGAGGGUCCUGAGGUGGAUAUAAACCUCCCCAAAGCAGACAUUGAUGUAUCAGGACCCAAAGUGGACAUUGAAACUCCCGACUUGGAUAUAGAGGGCCCAGAGGGCAAGAUCAAAGGUCCCAAAAUAAAGAUGCCUGAAAUGCACUUCAAAGCACCCAAAAUCUCCAUGCCAGACGUUGAUUUCAAUUUGAAAGGCCCUAAAUUGAAGGGAGAUGUUGAUGUUUCAGUUCCAAAGUUGGAAGGUGAUCUGAAGGGCCCCGAAAUUGAUAUCAAAGGACCCAAACUAGACGUAGAUGUUCCUGAUGUUGAACUCGAAGGCCCAGAUGGAAAGUGGAAAAGCCCUAAAUUCAAGAUGCCUGAAAUGAACAUCAAAGCACCUAAAAUCUCCAUGCCUGAUAUGGAUUUCAACCUCAAAGGCCCCAAACUGAAAGGAGACGUGGAUGUUUCCCUACCAAGGUUUGAAGGUGAUUUGAAGGGUCCAGAAAUUGACAUCAAAGGUCCCAAGCUGGAUAUUGAUGCUCCAGAUGUCGACCUCCAUGGCCCAGAAGGAAAACUGAAAAUGCCCAAAUUCAAAAUGCCCAAAUUUGGAAUGCCUAGCUUCAAGGCAGAGGGCCCAGAUGUGGACGUGAGCCUCCCAAAAGCAGACCUUGAUGUUUCUCUUCCAAAUGUCGACAUUGAUGCACCGAGCCUGGACAUUGAAGGCCCAGAAGGAAAAGUGAAAGGUCCCAAGUUUAAGAUGCCUGACAUGCACUUCAAAUCACCCAAAUUCUCCAUGCCAGACGUUGAUUUCAAUUUGAAAGGCCCUAAACUGAAGGGAGAUGUUGAUGUUUCGGUUCCAAAGCUGGAAGGUGACCUGAAAGGCCCAGAUGUGGAUAUCAUGGGUCCCAAACUAGAUGUUGACCUUCCUGACGUUGAGCUUGAAGGUCCUGAGGGAAAACUCAGAGGUCCUAAGUUUAAGAUGCCCGAUAUGCACUUUAAGACCCCCAAAAUCUCCAUGCCGGAUUUCGAUCUAAAUCUCAAAGGGCCGAAAGUGAAGGGGGAUGUGGAUGUGGAUGUACCGAAGUUUGAAGGUGAUCUGAAGGGGCCCGACGUGGAUAUUAAAGGGCCAAAAUUAGACGUAGAUGUUCCUGAUAUUGAAAUCGAAGGCCCAGAAGGAAAAUGGAAAAGCCCUAAAUUCAAGAUGCCUGAAAUGAACAUCAAAGCACCCAAAAUCUCCAUGCCUGAUAUGGAUUUCAACCUCAAAGGCCCCAAACUGAAAGGAGAUGUGGAUGUUUCCCUACCAAAGGUUGAAGGUGAUUUGAAGGGUCCAGAAAUUGACAUCAAAGGUCCCAAGCUGGAUAUUGAUGCUCCAGAUGUUGACCUCCAUGGCCCAGAAGGAAAACUGAAAAUGCCCAAAUUCAAAAUGCCCAAAUUUGGAAUGCCUAGCUUCAAGGCAGAGGGCCCAGAUGUGGACGUGAGCCUCCCAAAAGCAGACCUUGAUGUUUCUCUUCCAAAUGUCGACAUUGAUGCACCGAGCCUGGACAUUGAAGGCCCAGAAGGAAAAGUGAAAGGUCCCAAGUUUAAGAUGCCUGACAUGCACUUCAAAUCACCCAAAUUCUCCAUGCCAGACGUUGAUUUCAAUUUGAAAGGCCCUAAACUGAAGGGAGAUGUUGACGUUUCGGUUCCAAAGCUGGAAGGUGACCUGAAAGGACCAGAUGUGGAUAUCAAGGGUCCCAAACUAGAUGUUGACCUUCCUGACGUUGAGCUUGAAGGUCCUGAAGGAAAACUUAAAGGUCCCAAGUUUAAGAUGCCUGAUAUGCAUUUUAAGACCCCCAAAAUCUCCAUGCCAGAUUUUGACUUGAACUUGAAAGGUCCCAAAGUGAAGGGGGAUGUGGAUGUGUCUGUACCGAAGUUGGAAGGUGAUCUGAAGGGCCCCGAAAUUGAUAUCAAAGGACCCAAACUAGACGUAGAUGUUCCUGAUGUUGAACUUGAAGGCCCAGAUGGAAAGUGGAAAGGCCCUAAAUUCAAGAUGCCUGAAAUGAACAUCAAAGCACCUAAAAUCUCCAUGCCUGAUGUGGAUUUCAACCUCAAAGGCCCCAAACUGAAAGGAGAUGUGGAUGUUUCCCUACCAAAGGUUGAAGGUGAUUUGAAAGGUCCAGAAAUGGACAUCAAAGGUCCCAAGCUGGAUAUUGAUGCUCCAGAUGUUGACCUCCAUGGCCCAGAAGGAAAACUGAAAAUGCCCAAAUUCAAAAUGCCCAAAUUUGGCUUCAAAGGAGAAGGCCCAGAUGUGGACGUGAGCCUCCCAAAAGCAGACCUUGAUGUUUCUCUUCCAAAAGUGGACAUUGAUGCACCGAGCCUGGACAUCGAAGGCCCAGAAGGAAAAGUGAAAGGUCCCAAGUUUAAGAUGCCUGACAUGCACUUCAAAUCACCCAAAAUCUCCAUGCCAGACGUUGAUUUCAAUUUGAAAGGCCCUAAACUGAAGGGAGAUGUUGACGUUUCGGUUCCAAAGCUAGAAGGUGACCUGAAAGGCCCAGAUGUGGAUAUCAAGGGUCCCAAACUAGAUGUUGACCUUCCUGAUGUUGAGCUUGAAGGUCCUGAAGGAAAACUCAAAGGUCCCAAAUUUAAGAUGCCUGAUAUGCACUUUAAGACCCCCAAAAUCUCCAUGCCGGAUUUCGAUCUAAAUCUCAAAGGGCCGAAAGUGAAGGGGGAUGUGGAUGUUUCUUUACCGAAGUUAGAAGGUGAUCUGAAGGGGCCCGACGUGGAUAUCAAAGGGCCGAAAUUAGACGUCGAUGUUCCUGAUGUUGAACUCGAAGGCCCAGAAGGAAAGUGGAAAAGCCCUAAAUUCAAGAUGCCAGACAUGCAUUUCAAGGCCCCUAAAAUCUCCAUGCCAGACAUGAACCUAAACUUGAAAGGGCCUAAACUUAAAGGUGAUGUGGAUGUUUCCGUCCCAGAAUUUGAAGGGGGUCUAAGAGGGCCUGAAAUAGAUAUCAAAGGUCCUAAGAUAGAUGCUCCUGACAUUGAUAUUGAGGGACCUGAUGGAAAACUGAAAGGACCUAAAUUUAAGAUGCCUGAAAUGAACAUCAAAGCACCAAAACUAUCCAUGCCAGAUGUUGACCUCAACUUAAAGGGCCCAAAACUGAAGGGAGAUGUGGAUGUAUCUCUUCCCAAGAUUGGCGGUGAUUUGAAAGCACCAGAUGUGGAUAUACAUGGCCCUAAACUGGAUGUUUCCGUUCCUGAUGUUGAGCUUGAAUGCCCUGAAGGAAAACUUAAAGGUCCCAAGUUUAAGAUGCCUGAUAUGCAUUUUAAAACCCCCAAAAUCUCCAUGCCCGAUUUUGACUUGAACUUGAAAGGUCCCAAAGUGAAGGGGGAUGUGGAUGUUUCUGUGCCAAAGUUGGAAGGUGACCUGAAGGGCCCCGAAAUUGAUAUCAAAGGACCCAAACUAGACAUAGAUGUUCCUGAUGUUGAACUCGAAGGCCCAGAAGGAAAAUGGAAAAGCCCUAAAUUCAAGAUGCCUGAAAUGAAUAUCAAAGCACCUAAAAUCUCCAUGCCUGAUGUGGAUUUCAACCUCAAAGGCCCCAAACUGAAAGGAGAUGUGGAUGUUUCCCUACCAAAGGUUGAAGGUGAUUUGAAGGGUCCAGAAAUUGACAUCAAAGGUCCCAAGCUGGAUAUUGAUGCUCCAGAUGUCGACCUCCAUGGCCCAGAAGGAAAACUGAAAAUGCCCAAAUUCAAAAUGCCCAAAUUUGGAAUGCCUGAGUUCAAAGGAGAAGGACCUCAUGUUGAUGUAAAUGUACCCAAGGGAGAAUUGGAAUUAUCAGGCCCCAGCUUGGACAUAGAAGGACCAGAAGGAAAACUGAAGGGUCCCAAAGUCAAGAUGCCUGAAAUGCAUUUCAAGACACCUCAAAUCUCCAUGCCAGAGAUUGACUUAAAUCUGAAGGGACCUAAAGUGAAGGGUGAUGUUGAUGUCACUCUUCCCAAGGUUGAAGGCAGCUUAAAAGGUCCAGGAAUUGAUAUUCAAGGGCCAGGAAUUGAAGCUAAGGGCCCUGAGAUUGACUUGGAGUGUCCAGAUGUAAACCUUGAAGGGCCAGAGGGAAACGUUAAACUCCCUAAAUUUAAAAUGCCAAAGUUUGGAUUUGGAGCAAAAAGCCCCAAGGCAGACAUCUCCCUCCCAGAAGGUGAGCUGAAUGUUGAAUCGCCUGACAUCUCCAUUUCUGGAAAAGGGAAGAAAAGCAAAUUCAAAAUGCCUAAACUCCACAUGAGCGGGCCUAAAAUCAAAGGCAAGAAGGGUGGCGUUGCCGUGAGUGGAGAUAUGGAUGCAAGUAUGAAAUCGCCAGAUUUGGAAGGAAGCAUUUCUGUUCCUGAAGCAUCCCUGAAAGGAGACAUGAACAUCAAGUCACCCAAAGGAAAGAAGUCUAUGUUUGGGAAACUCUCUUUUCCUGACGUCGAGUUUGAUAUCAAAUCACCUAUGUUCAAGGCUGAUGCUUCUUUGCCAAAGGUGGAAGGGGAAAUCAAGUCACCAGGAAUAGACGUCUCAUCGCCAUCUCUGAAAUCUCCAGAUCUUGACAUCACAGUGCCCAGCGGAAGUGCCAGCCUCCCCGAUGUCCAUAUUGGAGGUCCUGACAUCCAUCUCAAGAAGCCAAAGUUCAAAUUCUCAGGUGGAAAUGUUGAUCUGGCUGGUCCCAAACUGGAAGGAGACCUUCGAGGCCCAAGUGUUGAUGCCAACCUCAGCGCACCUGACAUCAGCCUGAAAGGUCCAUCGGUGAACCUGCCACCCAUGGAUGUUUCUGCUCCUUCCAUGUCAGCCCCUGACAUUAACUUGAAAGGACCAAAGCUGAAAGGUGACAUUGACCUUCCCCAGAUGGAAGGACAAGGCCUAGAAGGGAAAUUGAAAUUGCCAAAAUUUGGCAUGCCAAAGAUCGGGAAGCCAGGUGUGAAAGUGGAGGGGCCCGAGGUGGACCUUCAAGGAAAACUGCCCUCAGCAAGUGUUGAUGUUUCGGCCCCAAGCCUCGGAGGAAGUAUGAGCGCUCCUGCAGUGGAUGUAAGCUUGAAAGGACCAAAAUUUGGAGGAGACGUGGGCCUUUCUGGUGACAUUAAAGGUCCAAGGAUCGGAUUUGGCACACCAGAUGUUGACGUCAGUGGUUUUGAAGGAAAGCUUAAAAUGCCAAAGGCCCCAGGCCUAGAUGUCAAUGUGAGCGCUGCAGACCUAGACAUGAAAGCGCCAACCGUUAAAAUGGCCUCUGGAGGAGGCAUUUCAGCGCCUGACUUUGAUGUGAAUCUGAAAGGACCAAAGGUCAAAGGAGAUUUCGGCAUUUCUGGCAGCGUUACAUCUCCCAAGGUGGCUGUCGAGGCACCUGACAUUAACGUAGAAGGCUCUUCUGGAGUUGGAAUUAAGAUUCCCUGCAUGAAGCUGCCCCAGUUUGGCAUCGCCAGUGAAGGAGGAAGUAUUUCAGGGCCACAGAUCAAAGGGCCUGAAGUAGAUCUCACAGGACAUGACAUUUCUGCCCCAGGCUUUGACUUGAAUGUGAAAGGACCAAGCUUGAAAGGCGACGUUAAUGUAUCUGGUGGCAUGAAAGGCCAACAGAUCGGCGUGGGGGCACCAGGCGUGAAGAUUUCUGGCAUGGGCUUGGACGCUGGCGCUCCUGAUGUCAGCUUGAGAGGACCUUCGCUCAACAUGUCAGCUCCCAAAGUUUCUGGGCCAGAGCUAAGCAUGGGCAUGCAGGGGUCUGGAGGCCUUCAGUUUUCUGGACCAAAGGCAGGGGUUGAUCUCAAAGGUCCCAAAUUAGAGGUCAAAGGUCCUUCUGUUGGGGUGAACGUUCCACAUGACCAUUUAGAAAGCCCAUCUGGACAAGUGUCAUUCCCCAAAAUGAAAAUGCCAAAAUUUGUGGUUGCGGGGCAAGAGCUAACAGGAAGGGAGGUUGGAGUUGACGUUGAGUUCCCUCAGGCGCCAGAGGCAAGCUUCCAUGCCGGGGCAGUGAAUGUCGAACUGGAAGAGCCCGACAUUAAGCUUAAGAAAUCCAAAAUCAAAAUGCCAAAGUUCCCUUUCUCAAAAUCUAAGGUCAAAGGCAGCGUUGGCUCCCCAGAGAUCUCGGUGUCUGCCUCAGGGUGCGAAGGGGAGUUACAGGCCAGCCUGGGUUCUUUGGAGGGCGAUGUGGAAGUGGAAGGGUCUGCUUCUCCGAAAGGGAAGUUCUCCUUCUUUAAGGGCAAAAAGUCCCGGCACCGGUCGUCGUCCUUCAGCGACGAGCAUUCCUCGCAUUCAACGCCAACAGGCACACUGGAGCAUGACAAAGGCAAACAGUCCAAGAUGAAAUUUGGUACGUUUGGGGGGAUAGGGGCAAAAACUAAAGGUUCUUAUGAGGUAACGGGAAGUGAUGACGAAAUGAAAUGAGUGAAAUGGGGGGGUUUCUUGUACAUAUUGUCUCUGUGUGUAUAUAUCUUACCUAUCUCCCUUAUAUAUGUGUAUAUACAAAUUUCCUCGCUUGAAAUGCUCAGCAAUAAAAACGGGGUGCCCAGUGAAAUGGUAGGCCUUAACUGAGAAAUAACCAUGUUUUUACUGUGGUCAGGGAGUUGUCCCAACAUGAUUAUAUCUUUCAUAGAUAUAUGUAUAAAUAUCUCACAGAAACUGAUACAGCAGCUUGCUUUUCUUUUUUUUUGCAAAGUUCAUAAAGCAGUGAUACGGCAGGUAAACUUGCAUCCCAGAAUGCAUUGCCGUGCUUCCCACAAUGCACUGUGGCAGUAAUAACGGUUAAGUAGUGCCAAUUUUUUUUUAAAAAAGCGGCAAUGCACACAUAAUACAAAAUGCUGCUUGGUGAAUCAGCUGUAUCAGUUUGAAUUAAACAGUAUCAUUUGUGCCAUGGGUAAUAAUGCCGUUUGUGUGAUGGGCUACCAAUUUGAAAAGAGGUAGAACCUGGAUUUAUGUGAUAUUUAAAGCUGUGCCAUUAGGAAGGUGGGAUGUACAGUUCUUCAGGUGUAUUUUGGAAGUUCUCUCUUGUGUUUCAGGGUUGGGGUUUUGCGCUUCGUACGCUGAGAGCUUUACGUUUACUUCAGCAAGCUUUUAAAAACAUAUAAAUAUAUAUACUUUUCGACUUGCUAAAUAUCUUCAGUGUUGAUCUAUGGCAAUUGUUUUCCAUUUCAGUGACUCCCUUCCCCCUCCCGCUUUUAUUUGUGGAAGGGGGCAGCCAAAAAAAAUUCUAUCGUUUAAAAUUUGGAUGUGUUAAAAGAAAAAGACUCUGUAAAAAUAUAUAGAUGCAACUGAGAUGUGUCAAAUUUGGGGCCUCACAAACAGUCUUACAUUGCUGCAGAAAGGUCAGGUCUUUUGUAUUCAUUUGAUACAGGACAGAUGUAAUAAAACACCCAUGGUAUAAUUUCCAUUUUUGUCUGGUUAAAAAAAGUCACGAUAAAAUAAAUUAGCCAAAAAUUUUGUGUACAUUCUGACACCAUCUUAGUCAUCUCUAUAUAUUUGUUAUUUUUGUAUAAUGAAAGUUUUCUGAGAUGUGGAGCAAAAUUCUUCAAGGCCUUCUUAUAUUCCCUCCCAACCUUACAGAUGCUAUUUGUUAUCUCCUUCAUCUUUUUGUUUAACAAAUGUAUCUUGGUUUUAAAACAAAACAGUAAAAGGAAAAUCUUUUCAGCACUUUAAAAGCAAAUUAAUUGAGAAUAACUGAUAUUGUAAAAUGGAAAUAAAGUGUUUAUUAACCUUU